CGACAGAUCGAAAGACUGGCGUAUUCUUUUUCCAGAAUAGCAGCGUGCAUUCACAGCGACACGCUGAGAACAGGCGCUGGAGGUGGACAUUGUUCCACACGGCUGUGACACCAGUGUGCCUGAGCGAUCGAUUCACAGCAAGCAGCCCAGCAAGCGAAGUCCAACAGCACCGCUCCCCGGUAACGAUAUAGUACAAGGUACGCCUCGCCUCACUCCGCAGUCACAAGCUCAUCAUCACGACUUCCCCCUCCCAUAUUUGUCCUUCUAUUGCAAUCACGAGUGUCUGGCACACUUGCUCAAAUAAUCUCUAAUAGCGGAACGCGACCCCAACCCACAAAACCAGCACAACAUCGACAGACCAUCUUCCUACGCGCCGGCGCAUAUACCUCAGCAGACUUCUAGCCCACACUUCCAACAAUGCCUGUUCUCGACAAAGUCGUCGACCGCGACGGCUCAGGUGGCCUUAUCGGCGGCAUUAUACGCCUUAUCCUACGAUUUUUCCAAUUCGUCCUCGCCAUCACCGUCGCAGGCCUAUACGGAACAGAUCUUCACCAUGGCAGCCAGGCAGGCGUCGCCGCGGACGGCAAGUGGGUGUUCGCCGAGGUCGUGGCUGGCAUGGCAGCAGUGACGGUUCUGGUCUACGGUGCCCUGAAAUUCAUCCCCGGCGAGUUCACCUUCUGGUGGGACUGGAUUCUGUUCAUCCUCUGGACAGCUCUCUUUGGCCUCUUCGGCAAGAUCUACAUCCCAGCCAAUCCUACACCCGAACAGCAUGGCCAACAGCGUAUGAAGAACGCGGUGUGGGUGGACCUGGUGAACAUGCUGUUGUGGUUCAUCACGGCCGUCUGGAUGACCAUCGUAUUCUUCUUCCGUCGUCGGAACAACAGAACGCUCCAUACCGCACGUAGCAAGGUGUAGAGUGGCUUUGAUGGGACUUCGGCGGCGAUGGGGACGAGGAUGGAGAGUGGGCUGGUGCCAAACACUGCGGCGGCCAUGUGUCGUCGGUAUUGAUCGACUCAAAUCUAAUAGCAUGAUUAGUGCCGGCGAGCUCUAGGAAAGCCGCUCGAAGGUUGUGUAGAAUCUGCAACGGAAUGUUGUGACUUCCUGCACUACGCGCUUUGCGCUUACAUUUGCAAUCUCCCGCGUAUGCUGGUCAAGGGCUUUGUAUUGAUAGCACUGUCUGUGAGGUCAUCCCAUAGUUGCGAAUCUUGAGCCAGCUGCAUCG